AUGAAUAGAAAAGUUUUGACUUUUCCGUCCGAAAGGAUAGGUUUAUCGCCAGAUAAUGCAGAGUUUGAUCUUGUAAUGGCCAGAGGCGAUUAUCUUUCAAAGAAUAAAAAUCAAAAAUACAUGGUCAUUGGAAUGCUAGGAACGGGAACCUUCGGCCAGGUAGUCAGGUGCGUCGGACCUGAUGGCGAAGAGGUUGCAAUCAAGGUAGUAAAAAAUCAGCCAAAAUAUUAUAAUUACGAAAUGAACGAAGUUAGAAUUCUUCACAAAUUGCUUUAUAACAAUUUAAAUGAUAGAUUUGUGGCCAUUAAGGAUGUAUUUAUGUAUAAGCAGCAUUUGUGCAUUGUGGAGGAGUUGCUUGGAAGAAAUCUUUACACAUUCUUGAAAAUGACAAGAUUUAAAGGCUUAGACCAUUCUACAGUCAGGACCAUACUUAAACAGGUACUCGAAGGAAUGAUUCAGCUUUCGGUGUUAGGAAUCAUUCAUUGUGAUUUAAAACCAGAAAACAUCCUCAUAGCCGACUACGAUACUUUCAAAGUAAAGAUAAUUGAUUUUGGAUCGGCAGUCACCUCUCCCCAAGUGUCUCACUUCUAUGUUCAGUCAAGGUAUUACCGUGCACCCGAGGUUAUUCUCGGGAUUCCAUAUGGAUCAAGCUGUGACAUAUGGUCCCUUGGAUGCAUAGGAUACGAGCUGUAUGUCGGGAAUCCACUGUUUCCGGGAAAAGAUAACAUGGACCAGAUGGGAAGGAUCUAUGGACUGCUUGGAUCGCUGCCCAUGUUCAUGAUAGAGCAUGGAAAGAACUCGAAUGUUUUCUUUGAAAAGGAAAAUGGGUAUAGAUUUGUAGGGCCUACCUCUGGGUUCACCCUGGAAGACAUGAAGAAGGUGAUAAGAUCGAAGGGAGGUCUAGAAGGGGAUGACGACAUGUUCAUAGAGUUUUUGCUGAAGACACUACAACCCAGCCAUCUUAUAAGGCCCGAUGCUAGGUCGUUGUCUGGGCACUCCUACCUUAAGCUCAAGGACGAGGGCGGGGAUCUCUGCAAGGCUCCGAGUGGCCGGAAAAUGGUGCAGCAGAGUGUCCCACCUACAAGCAAAGGGAUAAGGCAUAUGUCCACAACUGGAGUGAUACUUCCGAGUAAGAAGCAGAAAUCUGGAGACGAGAGGAGGAAGAUAUCAGUUUAUGGAAUUUCAUAUGAAAACAAUAUAAACAGAGAUUCUGAAUGA